CUGUAAAAUUCCAGUUUUAAUUUUUCCAUACCAAGUUAUUCAAAAGACUAAAACAAAGUAUAAAUAUAAUAAACAUUUCUAUUAAUUAUGAAUGUAAUGAUACUUAACAUUUUGACAAUGAACCAUAAUCAUACCACUGUGCUUAAAUAUUUUUUAAAUUACUAUUGAUAUAAUUUUGAAUAGAAUAACUUUGGCGAAUAAUUUAUGUCUUAUAACUUGGUAGCCAUAUGAUGGAACUCUCUUUGAAUUUCGAACAAUUACAACUUAAAUCUGAGUACUUACACACUAAUUCAAAACAUACACACUUUCAUGAGGAUGGUGAAAAUAAUUUGUUUGUUUCAUGGGACGAUUGCGUCAUGGUUGUAUAUUCAUUAAACAAUUUACCUGAAGCUAGUCUUUGGAAUCCUAUUAAACCCAUUAUUGUGCCAAUAAGUAAUCCAAUAAUAUCAAUAUUGACCUUUAAUUCAAAAAUGUAUUGUGUUGAUAAAGUUGGAUCUAUUUAUUAUCUAAAACAAGUUCAACGAGAUUCUCCAGACUUAUUUGAUUGUUCUGAAUCUGCUCAAGCUACUCAACAACCGCUAUCCUGUAACUAUGAAUGGAAACCCUUCUACUCUCAAAAGUGUCCAUGUGAAGUUUUUGGAACUACUUGCUAUUCAGAUGGAAUUGCUUUAAUAACAGCAGUGGGAGAAUGGAUAAUGAUACAGAUGUUAAAAAUUACUAUUAAUGAUAAUAAUGAACCUAUUAUAUUCAAUACCUGUAAUAAGCAAAUUAGAUCUCAAAAAUCGUUUCCAUUUGUAGUUACUUCGUUUAUAUCUUUUACUUGGAGGAAUUGGUUUAGCAGUCAACGAGUUAGAGAACUUUUUGGAUUAAAUAUAAUUGAUAGUCAAGAUAUUUUUAUAAUAGCAACAGAAGAGUCAAAAAUAUAUUGUACAACAUCUAAUAUUACCAAUAAAAAUGUUUCGUUAUUUUUAAAUAGUCCACAAAAAAUUCUACAUAUUCAAUUUUCUGAUUUUGAAUCAAAAAAAAUGCUAUUAGUGUCAUCCAAUGGAAUUCUUACAGUCAUCCAUUGUGCAGAAAAUAUUGAUACAGCAUUCAUUUAUCUGGCAGUUACAAAAACAGUUGCUACAUUUAUUAUCGAUCAUACUGUGAUAAUAAGUGAUGGUGUUCAUUUAUUUGUUAUUACAUUGGAUAAACUAUUUUCUAAAAUAAUCAAACAAGUUGUAACUCAAUUAAAAGGAGUUAUUUCAUUACGCCCAUUUCUGUCCAAUAACAUUAUUGCAAUGACUCGAUUAAAUAAAGUGUAUAAAUUAUCUACUAAACUUGAAGUGAUCACUCAAGAAGAAGAAUUCAAGUUUAAAUUUAGCGAAAAAUCAAUUUUAGAAAACAUAAAAGCUCUUUGUAAGAAUAUAGAGUCUUUAGAAAAGCAACACGAUAUUAUGAAUAAAUACAUAAAUGCAGUGUCUAUUGUUGCUCGCAAAGAUUUGGUAGCUCAAUAUUGUUCAUUAAACAUUUUAAUAUAUUCAGGUGCUAAAGCUGUCAAAUUAGGAGCUUGCCAAGAUGAAUAUAUUUUUGCAAUCAAACUUUCCACAGACUGUUCAUGGUUAUCAUUUCCAUCUUCAAUUUGGCAGCUUUUGGUUCGGAUUACUGAUAAUAACAAUUUGUCAUCAAAUUGUGGAUUACAUUCUUUUGACGUUGAUCUCUUCAACAAUAAUCAUCCAUUAAUGGUAAAACACCAUUUAUUGGCGACUAUUGCUGAAAAUUGUACAUCUGGUUUAGUAAAUUGUGAAUUGGUGUGUCAAGUACAAAAUGAUUCAAUUAAUCAUUGUUUAAUUAUUCCAUUAAGUCCAAUAAAAUUAAAUUCAUUAUAUUUUGUCAAAGCUGAAAAACGAGAAAAAAUACUAGUAAUUAAUCCUCUGGAAGAUCGACAUAAGUAUGUUUUUAAAUUUCCAGAAAAUGUAUCAUUAGUAGAUUGUUUAACUGUUAUUAUAAACAGAAAUAAACACAGAACAGCAAAGUCAUUUUAUAAAAAUAUAAUCGAUAAUACACCAAAUACACUGUAUUUAAAUUAUUUUGGAAAAAUAGUCUCUAUAAAUUUGGAUAACAAAAUUACAAAUACAAUCACUCUAGAAUGUCUAGAUCAAGAUGCUUUGAUUGCAGUUCGUAAUGGUGUUUUUAGUGAACUUUCAUCCGAUCAACCAGCAACUAUAAACUUUUCAGUUCUUGCAGACAUACAAAAACAACUUUGUUUAAUAGAAGAAUUAUCAGUUAAAGAUCGUCAAAACAAACAUAUUGUUAAGGAAAUUAAAACUAAUAUUCAAAACCAAAUUAGUAAUCAUCUACCUGUGUAAUUAGGCAUUUGUUUAUAUUUUAAUACAAUAAAUUAUAUUACAUUUUUCAACAAAUUUAAA